AUGUGUGGGGGUGAGCUUUUGAAAGCACACUCAGCAAGUCAGCGAAGGAGAGGCAAGCACGCAGUUGCUGCAUCGAAGCGCAAGAUCCGGAUCGCGCUUAGGGAUCAAAGGAUAUUUUGCUCUGAUUGUAUAAAAUAUUUAUUACGUUCCGGUCGACACAUCUAA